AAGGUGUGACACAACACUUUUGCAUUUAAAGAUAAAUUGAAUUGUUUUUGCUGUUAUUUUAAAAUUUCUUGCAUUUUCCAUCUUCAUGCAGCUUAAGUAUUGAUAAUUAAGGCUUAAGGAAAUGCUAUAUUCUUAGUUUUGCCGGUACUAGACUAGAAUUUGCUCAACUUGGCAUUGCAAAUCACGAAGUUAGGACACACUCCCAUCAAGUUCCGUCAUAGGGCCUACAUUGAUGCUAAAAAGAAUAUUAAAUUUCAUACAAUCUAAGCCAAUUUUCAUAAAAAUGUCAGAAGUAUUGGUUGGACCAGUUUCAGUGAAGAAAAGAAAAGGAGAGGAAGGGAAUGACAUCUCAGCUGAAGUGAAGUCCAAGAAAAAAAAGAAAGCUCAUGUGGUUCAGUUAGGCAAAUCUGAGGGCUGCAAAAGAAAAAUAGCAAUGCUUGUUGCAUACAAUGGAAAUGGCUAUUAUGGUGUACAGAUCAAUCCUGGCUUUCCAACCAUCGAAAGUGAAUUUUUCCCUGCCCUGGUGAAAAUUGGUGCAGUACCCCAGGACCAUGCAGACACACCCUCCAAGAUGUGGUUCCAGAGAGGGUCCAGAACAGAUAAAGGAGUCUCUGCAGCUGGGCAAAUCUUCUCAAUGAAGGUUACUUUGGUUCCUGAUCUUAUAACAAGACUAAAUGAAGUUCUGCCACCUCAGAUCAGAUCCAUAGGAUAUGUUCGCACAACAAAUGGCUUUGAUUCUAAAAAGUAUUGUGACAGCCGAACAUACAUGUAUAUGAUGCCAACAUUUGCUUUUGCUCCACUGGAGAAGUUUAUCACAGAGGAUUACAGAACAACACCUGAAAUUCUGCAAAGAGUACAAGAAAUCCUAACAAGAUUUAAGGGAACCCACAAAUUUCAUAACUUCACAUCAGGCGUGAAAUAUGAACAAGCAUGUGCUUCAAGGUACAUCAUUAAAUUUGAGUGUUCAGAACCAUAUGUCAGAGAUGGCCUUGAGUUUGUCACAUUGCGUGUCAAAGGUCAAAGUUUUAUGUUACAUCACAUUCGUAAGAUGAUAGGCUUAACAAUUGCAAUACUUCGGGGAUACUGUGGAGAGUCUGUUAUUGAUUCAAGCUGGGGCCCUGAAAAAGUUGAUAUACCAAAAGCACCAGGACUUGGUUUGGUGCUGGAACAACUUCACUUUAAUGGAUAUAACCAAAAGUUUGGUAGUGAUGGAGUACAUGAACUUAUUGAUUGGUCCAGCUAUGAGGAUGUUGUGGAGAAGUUUAAAGAAGAACAGAUAAUUGCAUCUAUAGUUGAGAAGGAAAAAUCUGAAAAAGUAAUGUUUAACUGGUUAAGAACAUUACAAUUUCAUAAUUUUGAUAUGCCAAGACUUGAAGGUCCAGAGAAACCAUGGGCACAUAUAACCAAAAACAGUAAAGUUGGAAAUUCGAGCCCGGUCAAAACAUCACCUUCACCAAUCUGCCAUGUGGAUUCAGAAGCCAAAACUGAAGUUAGUCCAUCUGAAACUGCUGGAAUAAACGAGUCUGAAGUGACAGAUGCAGCAGCCACUGAUGAUGUCCAAAAAGAAGUUUUAGGAAGUUUUAUCCCAGAUACUGUAUCAGAAACACUUGAAGAGAGGAGAGUUGUUUCUGAAAAACUUUGAUGAAGCUGAGCCAUAGUUACUGGAUCUAUUAUUAUGUAUUAAUUAAUAAAUAAGUAACCCAGAAAUC